UUAUUUUAUUUAAUUUUCAUAUUUAUUAGAAAUUUAAUAGUCGUAAUUAAUUUUAACUACAGUGAACACUUGAACUUCCAACUUUCUCGAGUCAAAUAAAUUGAUUACGGCGGCCGGAGAUCCAUCUCCGACGACAUAUCGACGGCGGUUAUAGUUGCUGUUGCUAAAGGUGUAUACUCAAGAUUGCUUAACGGCGCUGAAAAUGAAACGCAUCUAAAACAGUUGAGCUGCAGAAAGAAGUUUUUUUUAUUUGGACAUCGGGAAAGAUUCUGUAUAUGUCUAGCUCCUCCAUGCUUCUAAAUUCCCUUUAAGGAUGAGAUUUCCUACCCUUUCAUUGAUGGCAAAUCUCCAAAAUAUUUGUCACAAAAUCAAAGAUACGUCAUCAGUUCACAGAUGGAAGGAAGUGUUUUCUCAUUAUAAAGAGAUAAGGAAGGGUGAAUUUCAACUGAUAGAUCACACAAUCUACUCUCAUGUGCUCAAGGCUUGUUUAGCUUGCUCAUCUAGACUUGGAGAGUCCGUUCACGCCACAUUGAGUAAGCAGGGAUUUGACUCAUUCAGUUCAGUGGUAAAUUCAGUGAUGGACUUUUACUCAAAAUCUGGUGAAUUGAGCUCUGCAUAUCGUGUUUUUAAUUCCAUGAAGAAAAGAGAUUCUGUGUCGUGGAACAUAAUUCUCCAUGGGCAUCUAGAUCAAGGUUUUCUUGAAGAAGGAGUUGAUUUGUUUAUUCAAGCUAGAGUAUUUGGAUUCGAACCCAAUAUCUCUACCUUGGUGCUCGUAGUUCAGGCAUAUCAAACCCUGCAAGCUUUUGAUGAUGGACAGAAGUUUCAUGGGUACUUGAUUCGGAGUGGUUUGUGGAGCCUAACUUCAGUUCAAAACUCUCUUUUGGGUAUGUAUGCAGCAAUUAGGAUGGGCUAUGCAGAAACCCUUUUUGAUGAAAUGCAUGAGAAAGAUGUGAUAUCAUGGAGUGUGAUGAUCACAGGAUAUAUGCAUGUGGAUGAUAACGUAUUUGCUUUGUUGUCAUUUAAGAAGAUGAUUUCAGAGUUUGGAAUUGAACCGGAUGGACAAACCAUGGUAAGCGUGCUUAAAGGCUGCACUCAGUUAGGAGAGUUAAAAACCGGAAAAACAAUUCAUGGCUUUGUGGUCUCAAGGGGUUUGAAUUGUGAUUUAUUUGUAGGGAACACUAUUAUUGAUUUGUAUUGCAAGUGCGGAGAUGUAGAAUCUGCGAUAGCAGCAUUUUGGGAGAUGCCUUAUAGGAAUAUAGUGUCAUGGAAUUCUCUUCUUUCCGGGCUUGUUCGCAAUGAGAAGCAUGCUGAAUCAUUGAAAUUAUUUGCUUCGAUGGAAAAAUCAGGACUUGAGGCUGAUGAGGUGACUCUAGUGAACCUACUUCUAGUAUGUAAAGUCUUGGGGGAUUUGCAUCAGUGCAAGUUGGUCCAUUCUAGAAUAAUACGGAGAGGUUUCUAUUCAAAUGAUAUGGCUCUGAAUUCUUUGAUUGAUACAUAUGCAAAAUGUAAUCAGAUUGAUCAUUCGUGGAGACUAUUCUGCCAAAUCAAAAGACCGGAUAUUGUGACCUGGAGUACAAUGAUCUCAGCUUUCACUCGCUGUGGCUUGCCUGAUGAGGCAAUUUCUCUAUACCGACAGAUGAGGCUUUCACAAGAAAGGCCGAACCCUGUUACCCUACUAAACCUUCUUGAGGCGUGUGCACUUUCAGCUGAAAUUGGAAGAUCAAAAUGUGCUCAUGGCAUUGCUAUUCGAAUGGGCUUGGCAUCACAUGUAGCAGUUGGGACAUCAGUUCUCGAUAUGUACUCAAAAUGUGGGGCAAUAGAAGCAUCGAGGAGGGCGUUUGACCAAAUCUCACUGAAAAAUGUAGUUUCCUGGAGUGCAAUUAUUGCAGCAUAUGGCUUAAAUGGACUCCCACAUGAUGCUGUGGCUUUGCUUUCUGAAAUGGAAGUCCACGGUGUAAAGCCUAAUUCAGUAACAAUCCUUGCGGUGUUAUCUGCUUGUUGCCAUGGGGGAUUGGUCGCUGAGGGACUAACUCUCUUCAAGGAUAUAGUGAACAAGCAUGGAGCUGAACUAAAGUUGGAGCAUUAUUCAUGCCUUGUGGACUUGCUUGCCAGAGCUGGAAAACUUGAGGAUGCAUUUCAACUGAUUAAAUCCAUUCCUGCUGCCAUGAAGCCCGGCGCCAGUGCUUGGGGUGCACUUUUGAGUGCCUGUAGGACCUAUGAGAAUAGAAAACUCACGGAAGGUGCACUCCCUCAGAUCUUUGAAUUGGAGCCAUCAAGUUCGGCUGGUUAUUUACUUGCAUCUAACACGUUUGCUGCUGGAGGUUCAUGGACAGAUGCGUCUAGGAUCAGAUGUUUGAUGAAGGAGAGAGGUGUGAAAGUUGUGGCUGGUUACAGUAUGGUUCAUGUGGGUAAAAACAUACAUACUUUCACCGCCGGUAAUAAAUGUCAUUGUUGUCUCAUGACUCAUAUGUUCGGUCUAGCUGUUGAGCAAUUGCAUUCAUGCAUGACGAUUGAUCCAAUGGCAAGAAUACGGGUUCUCCAGGAUCCAGAGUACACAUACUGAAAAACAUCACACUUUUGGGCAGGGGUCACUGGUGACGACAGGCUGUUAGCUGAUGCCUCCACAAAAAAAUGAAGUUGCAUUCUGAUUCAAGAAGAUGCCUCCAUGACUUAAGGAGCGUGCAAUGGGUUGACCACUGAUUUCUAGCUGUUGCAGGCAGGCUGAGCUGUCAUCUCAAGUGUUAUGAUUCUAUUGAUAAGGCAUUAAGAUGGCUAUGUGAAGCAACAUAUAUCAAUCUUUGGGUUCAUAUGAUAGAAAUACAUAUAUUCUUGUGGCAGAUUAAUGGAGAGAUAAGAAAAAACCAAGAUCUAUGUACACUGCAGUCAACGAAAAUCACCCUGCUGAAAACGACGAGAUCGAGACGGCCGCAUCAGUUGCCUAAUGCAACGAAGCUGCCUUCUCUCAUCAUCUGCUUGAACUCA